AUGAACCACGCCUCCCAAGUCGCCGCGGUUGAUAGCAAUUUGUCUUGUGAACUGCCUCGGCCGCCAGGAGUUCUUGUGACACUGCCCCAGGGCUCUACCCAGGUUUUAGAUGUGGAUGAGGAGGUCUUUAUUUUGUACAGUCGGCACGUCGAGAACCGGGAUGAAGAUGGCAUACAGGGUCUUGGUUCAGUCGAUUCACUUGCUGACUCUUUGACAUUGAACUUUGUUCUAAGUUCGCCUUCACCAGCGAUAACGGAAGAGUCCAAAGCGAAGGGCCGGGGUCGGCACAGAAAGGCCCAAAGUUCCAAGCCCGGACCAGCCGAAAAGGUUGUUGAAAUUGAAGUGUUUCAAGAUGUAACAGGCCUUCGAAGCCGGAAGGGUGAUACAGGAAGCGUCGUAUGGCGGGCUAGCGUGCAUUUAGCCAAGCUUCUUCUUCAGCAGUACUAUUUCCCACCUCACCCUCCUCACUCGGCCCUCCUCAGCUCCAAUCAUAUCUCCAACGCCAAAAUUGUUGAGCUUGGCAGUGGUACAGGCGUCCUCGGAUGCGCCCUCCGUCCACUCUUAUCUGGAAAUGGACAUAUUACCCUUACAGAUCUCCCAGAGCUUACCCCUCUCUUGCGCAAAAACGCUAAGUCCGCUAAAGUCUCCGUCGAGCCUCUGGAUUGGACGUGGCAGAUUAUACCACAGUUUACUGCGGAUCUAGUGUUAUGUGUUGAUUGUAUAUACAACACCGCACUUGUACGGCCGCUUGUGAGAGCGCUGGGGACGUUUGAUGCACCCAUACUCGUAGUUAUCGAAUUGCGAGAUGAGGACGUGGUACGGGAGUUCCUCUACGAAUGGUUGGCAUGGAGGCCUCGAGCUUAUGGAGAUGGUGAAUCAUGGGGGAUUUCAAGUUUGGCGACUGCAGACGAUCUGCUCAGUCCACGUUUCGUGGCUUGGGUCGGCUGGAAGGUAUAG